AUGUCUGCGCCUAGCCUCAUGCGAAAUAAAAUACUCGUAUUAGGUCGUCGAGGUGAUAUUUCUAAGGACUUCGAGGAUCACGCAGGGAAGCGAGUUCCGUGGAAAAUAGCAACUAAAUAUUAUACAGCACAAGUAGAAUUCUGGAUUGAUGAAACGGUUCAAAAAGAUUUAGCAGAUGCUGAAGUGAUCAAGGGGUAUGAGAAUGAAGAGAGUGGCAUCGGUAAUGUUGUUGAUGCGAUUUUAUUUGUAUUUAGAAAAGAUCAGCCGUCAACAUUCGAUGAUAUUCACGUGUAUCUGCCAUUUAUACGAAUAUAUGAGCCUUCGAUAAUUCUUGCAAUUGGUACGGGUAAGAUUGAUGCAAAUAAAUCACAUGAGGAUGAAGACGCAUUCGAAAAUUGGUGUUUAGAAAACGGAUUCGAAUAUGUCGAUGCGGAAGAAGAAGAACAAGAGAAUGGUGAACGUGUCGGCCUAAAUCGAAUUCUGGAAGCUUUACAAUCAAAUAUGUGGGAAGGAAUGGUUCGCGAACCUCUUAAUGACAAUGAUUCACAUUUAGAGGAACACGAAAACUACCAAGAGUUGUCCAUCACACAACUGAAACUUGACCAAAAAAAUGCAAAAAAUGAUAUGAUGUCACCAUUACAUGACUACAACUCAGCACCCUUCGAUAAUGAUGAUGUUGAAUUCUUUAAAGAUGUAUUACCUUCUCAAAAAGAAAUAGAAUCUAUGUAUAACCACAUUUUUGAUGACUUUGACGAUGAAGAUGGACUAGACAAAGUUCUUACUAGAUUGAAUUCGUUGCGAGAACGCGGCAAGACCCUAUCGGAUAAAGAGCGGAGAAAGUUGGCUGCAAGCGUAGCAUGUUCUUUUGGGUUGCAUGUGGGAGAAAAGUGA